AAGGGUAGAGAAAGGGAGCUGCUUCCAUCCAGUACUCCCAGAGCCUGCCAGGAGCGCGCACUCAGCGGCUUUACGGGUCCCAGCGUCCCCGCCGCGGCCCCCGACCCGCACCACGACCAACUCUUCUUUCUCCUUUUCUCUGGCCACCUCUCGUCCUCUCCUUCAGCAACUGCUAGGCACCGGCAGCAGCAGCCCCCAACCCCAAUUCGACCACAUCCCCAACUCUCAGGGCUCACUUUUGGGACGCGCGUCUUCGCCCCAUCCUUUCUUCCUUCCUUCCCUCGCGCCCGCCCUCCCUCUCCAGGUCUCCCUCCGGGUCCCGAUUGUCUCCGUCCCCUGCUCCGUCGGCUCGCGCCCGCGCCCUGCCCAUUCUUUCCCUCGCAUUUCCUGAGUCGCGGGCCGCCGCUGUGUCGCCGCGCCGCAGGAGCCCGAGCCCCAGCCGCCGCUGCUCCGGCUUCAACCCCCGCAGCCCGCGGCCCCCGCCCGAGGGAGCCCCGGCGCCCGGGGAAGGCAAAAGUGGGCGAGUGAGCCGUCACCCAGCCCCGCGCCCCAGCCCUGCCCGGCGAGGAAGGACCGGGAAAAUGAACAACGGCGGCAAAGCGGAGAAGGAGAACACCCCGAAUGAGGCCAACCUUCAGGAGGAAGAGGUUCGGACCCUAUUUGUCAGUGGUCUCCCUCUGGAUAUCAAACCUCGGGAGCUCUAUCUGCUUUUCAGACCAUUUAAGGGCUAUGAGGGCUCUCUUAUAAAGCUUACAUCUAAGCAGCCUGUAGGUUUUGUCAGCUUUGACAGUCGCUCUGAAGCAGAAGCUGCAAAGAAUGCUUUGAAUGGCAUCCGCUUUGAUCCUGAAAUUCCGCAAACACUACGACUAGAGUUUGCUAAGGCAAACACGAAGAUGGCCAAGAACAAACUAGUAGGGACUCCAAACCCCAGUACUCCUCUGCCCAACACUGUACCUCAGUUCAUUGCCAGAGAGCCAUAUGAGCUCACAGUGCCUGCACUUUACCCCAGUAGCCCUGAAGUGUGGGCCCCGUACCCUCUGUACCCAGCGGAGUUAGCGCCUGCUCUACCUCCUCCUGCUUUCACCUAUCCCGCUUCACUGCAUGCCCAGUGUUUCUCUCCUGAGGCAAAGCCCAACACACCUGUCUUUUGUCCACUUCUCCAGCAAAUUAGAUUUGUCUCUGGGAAUGUGUUUGUCACAUAUCAACCUACUGCAGACCAGCAGAGGGAGCUCCCAUGUUGAAUUUGUCUGUUAGCUAUUUUUCCCCCUUUUGCAAAAACUAUUUCUUGGCAACAUUUGAGAGAUUUCAAUAAAAAUUUUAAUCAGAGCAAAAAA